GGUUUGGAAGUUUAAACAGAGACGAGAUGCUGCCGGACGGCGGACGGAACAGCGGCUGAAAACCGGUGAAACGACAAAUAAAGACGUAAAAGAGGAGAAAUAAAGUAGUGAAAGUGUCUGCGGAGGGUUGUUCGAGUCCGUCUGGAGAUUAAAUUCGGACCAUGGUUCAGCACACGGAGCACGGCGGGGCGGGGAUUAACAGCGUGUCCCGCGAGGCGACCGACCCGGAGGAGAGAGAGCUGCUGGCGGCGUCGGCGUGCAGCCCCGUGCCGGUGAAACCCGACUGGUGCAAAACGGCGUCCGGGCACAUUAAACGGCCGAUGAACGCCUUCAUGGUGUGGUCGAAGAUCGAGCGGAGGAAGAUCAUGGAGCAGUCUCCGGACAUGCACAACGCGGAGAUCUCCAAGCGGCUCGGGAAGCGGUGGAAGAUGUUAAAGGACACCGAGAAGGUCCCGUUCAUCCGGGAGGCGGAGCGGCUGCGGCUCAAGCACAUGGCCGACUACCCGGACUACAAGUACCGGCCCAAGAAGAAGCCCAAGACGGACGGCUGUGCGUUCCCAGCGGGGAAGACAGCCGCUCACUCACCGGAGAAAACUACCGGUAAUAAUCAUAAAAACUCCGCUAAGAAACUGUCCAAGUUGAAACCCAGUAAGCCGGUGGUCGGUACCGGGAGGGUGAGCAGCCCGGACCCCCGGUACCGGUACGUGUUCACCAGCAGCGUCAAACGGGACUUCAGCGACUCCGAGGAGGAGGAUGAUGAUGAUGAUGAAGACUCUGAGGAAGAGGAGGACGAGCCCUGCCGGUACAACCUCUCCAACAUGCCGAGCAGCCUGAGCCUGAGUCCCGCUGCAGCAGAACCGGAGGGAACCAGCCUGACCGGGCCCUCCGGUCGGCUCUUCUACAGCUUCAAGAACAUCACCCGGCAGGGCUCCCCGUCCCCGGCCUCCCUCUCGCCCUCCUCCCGCUCCUCCUCCUCCUGCUGCGGGGACGACCUGGACGAGCUCCCCACCGACGGGAGCAGCUUCCUCUCCGGGUUCCAGGAGCCGUGCAGCUCGGCCCCGGGGAACCUGAGCCUGUCCCUGGUGGAUAAAGACCUGGACUCGGAGGGCAGCCUCGGCUCACACUUCGACUUCCCGGACUAUUGCACCCCGGAGCUCAGCGAGAUGAUCGCCGGGAACUGGCUGGAGGCCAACUUCUCGGACCUGGUGUUCACUUAUUGAUCACAGGGAGGAUCGAUACCCGGUCGGGAGGAGGAGGAGGAUGAUGAUGAUGAAGGGGAUUAUUAAGUUCCACUGGCCUCAUCUGCCCCGGAGCCGGUUCUGGAGGUUCUGGAGGAGGUUGUGGAGCUCCAGAGCCAGUCAGGGACCGGGGUGAUGAGCCUGCAGCUGCCCCGGAGCGGAGGCUGUUUUUGGGGGACACACAGUGCGGUACUCCGGCAAACAAACACAUGAAUGAAAUUAAAUUCAACAGGGUUUUAUGGAUUUUGUUUUCUGUGCUCGGGUCAGAACCAGGACCCGAACUAUGCAUCCCCCCAAACUGACUUUAAUUAACACUAAUAUGAAGGAUGCGCGAUAUUAUUGAGCCGUUAAUGUCAGUAAUCAAUAACACAUUACCCAGAGUUCUCGGCUGUAAUAUCGAUCAUCCACACUGAUAUCAGGAUGUCUAACUUUAUGUUCCUCACUGCAACUUCAGGACUGUGUCAUGUGACUUUUAUUUUCUAUUUCCGGGUUGUUCCAGGUGAGUGAGGCUGCCCACAGGUGUGGCGGGAAACAUCUUUUUGAUACACAAACCAAACAUACCUCAUGUUUUUUUAAAGAAGUAAAAACUAUUUUCAGGCAUAUUUUUGUACAGUCAAAAGGUU